AUGGAUCCAGAUACUCCCAUUCACUCCUCUACUGGAUUGGUGCACUCCUCUACCAGAUCGGUGAAUCUCAUAGAUGGGAAAGAAGAGUCCCAGAUUGAUCCUACAACUCUCGUUGUACCAACAAUAGAAGAUGUCAUGCUAGACAUGAUCAGGGCAAUGGUGGUAUUGACUAUUGGAGAAAUGAUCUCAGAUGAAAUACACCUAAUCCAUAUAGGUGGAGAGAGUGACAGUGAUGACAGUGAUACUGAAAUAGUGAAUGCUAUUAGAAGAAAUGUGCCCGAUGUGGAUCCAACAGAUAUCAUUCUCCCAAUUUUCCCUUCUAAUGAUGAUUCAGAGGAAGAAGAAGAUAGGAAUGAGUAUCACUUAAUCCAUAUAGGUGGAGAGAAUGAUAGUGAUACUGAAGAAAUUUGUGUAAUAGUGAAUGCUAUUAGAGGAAAUGUACCCGAUGGGGAUCCAACAUAUAUCAUUCGCCCAAUCUUUCCCUCUGACAAUGAUUCAGAGGAGGAGGAAUACGAGGAUGAAGAUAUAGAAGGUGAUCAAGAAUCAGGAAAUGAAGAUCUAGAAGGAGAUCUUGUUGAAAAAGACAAAGAAAAUGAAGAUCUAGAGGAGGAAUUUGGUGAAGAAAACGAAGAUAAUCAAGAUUCAGAAAGUGCAUAUUUUGAAUUUGAGUUUGAAGAGGACAAUGAAGAAGAGAAUCCCUCCUGUGACAAUGUACUAUACUUACUGAAUCAAAUGUGUGAAGAUAUGUUAGUAACUGAGAAAGUGUUGAGGAAAGUGGCAGUCCGACAAGAAACUGUCUAA